CGGCAAACAAGGCAGAUGAGGGAAAGGCGGCGGCGGCAGCAGGUGAGACGUGUGUGUGCGCUCCCGGCUCUGCUACAUACCGAGUGCUGGGAACAGGUUUCAGAAGAUGGUUGGGAAAGGGAUGUGGCGCGGUGUGUGAACGGGGCACGAUAUGACGGCGCCAUGUGCUGCUAUCCUUCCUUGCUUUGCUUUGUUACAAGUUUCUGCUGUUCUUCUACCUCCAAGAAACCUUACUAUAUCCUCAGAAAAUUUCAAGCACAUCCUGACCUGGGAGGAUCCCAACAAUGAGUCCACCAUCUUCUACCAAGUCAAUUAUUUACCAAUGUACCAAGCGCCUCCUCGUGUUACCAAACAUUGCUCCAAUGUCACAACGCGGCGCUGCGAACUGAGCGAGGAUCUCACCGAUGUCAACAGCCAUUAUGACAUCACAGUCUUAAGUUUUACAAAUGACGAAUCUUCAGAACCUUCCAGCCGUGUUUCCUUGACACCAAUUGAAGACACUGUACUGGGCCCACCGAUAGUGGAUGUCGUUCCUGGCGACCGCCUCAUCAAAGUUUCCAUCCAGCUUCCUGCCUCUCAUUUAUGGAGUGACGAAAACCAGCGGUAUGUGAGCCUGAUUAGUGACGAGGGCUUUUCAGAGCUGCACUGCCAUAUUAAGAUGGAGCACAUGACAGAGGUCUCAUUCUAUAAGGAAGAUAUGCAUACAGAGAAUUGUACAUUUAUCCAAUCCAACCUGCUACCAAACGCCAACUACUGUCUGUCUGUAAAUAUAACUUCAAACCUAAAUAAGAAGCCUCCGGUACCAUCCAAACUGAAAUGCGUGGUGACAGAAUACCACGGGGGCAGUACCGUUCAUGUGAUCGUGUCGGCGGUGUGCGGAGUUCUGCUUUUCAUUGGUUUAGUUUUUUGCUUAAUCGGACUGGACUUUGCUGGAUAUAUCUGCAGGGCCAAGACCGCAAUCCCAAAAGUUUUGAAAUCCUUGCCAUCUUCUGAGAGCUCGUUCGUUGCCAGAAGUGAAUUUACCUCCCCAACUUUCUCUAUUCCUGUGGACAUAAUUAGCAAGAAAUUUCAGGUGGAGCCGAAGCCAGAAAGUGAGAAGAACUGCGAAGAAGGCUACACAAGCAGAAAGCGACUUGUGGACAGUGACACAAGUGGCACCUCGACAAGUGGAGACCUUCCUUCAGCUGUCUCGUCCUCCACGGGGUCAAGCGGAGAAGCAAACAGCUCUGCUGAGGAAGACCUCUCCUCAGGACGUCGAGGAGAUAGGGUGUCCUCUUCUGUAUCUGCCCUCGGAGGCUCUUCCAUUGUCUGUCCACCAGUCAGUGUCAGGGAUGACUCCUCAAACCUCCCCUUUGACACCAGUGGGGUCUUCAACAUUAAUCUGAACACUGUGUCCAUAGCGGACCCUGCCGAGGUCUGGUCGGGUUUCAGACAUGUAGAAGUGCCACAGGAGGAGGCAGAAGUCUCGGUGGAGUCGCAUGAAACUGAGAUUGAACUAGACCAGUGCAAUGGUGACAUCUGUUUAAGCAUCGAUGGCCUGGAAGAGGAGGACUGGGGUGAUUGCGAGGAGGUAGAGGACAUUUCAGAGAAUGAUGACUCUGACAGUAACCUGAUAUCAGGCUACAUGAAAAGAUGACUUUUAUGCCAUGCUGCAUUUAUAACGGCUUGUUUUUACAAAAGAGGAUUUUAUGUUUUGUAGCACUGAGAUCAGUACACCGGUCAGCCAAGACAUUAAAACCAGAAUAUUGUGUAGGUCCCUCUCAUGUCACCAGAUCUGACCCGUUGAGGCAUGGACUGUACAAGGUCUGUGAUAGUGUCCUGGCACUAAGACGUUGGCAUCAUAUCCUUUAAAGGGGUUGUCUCAUUGAUGGCUUAUCGCUAGGAUGUCAGAUAGGUGCGGGUCCCACCUCUGGGACCUGCUCUUAUCUCCAGAACGGGUUCCCCAAAGUGAAUGGACAGCAGCCACGCAUUCGCAGCCACCCUCCGUUCACCGCUAUGGGAGUUCCAAAAAUAGCUGAGCACCAUCUCUGCGCUUUCCAUAGCGGUAAACGGAGCUGUGGCUGCGCUUGAGGGGUGCACUUCUCCAUUCUUUGCUAUGGCACUUUCUCGGCUAUUUUCGAGACUCCCACAGCGAUGAAUAGGGGAACAGGCCGCACUCCUUCACUUUGGGGGCCCCAUUCUGGAGAUACGUGUGGGUCCCACCUCCACUCCUGAUAUAUUCUAGCUAUAUACCAUCAAUUUGAGACGAGCCAACCCCUUUAAGUCCUGUAAGUUGCAAUAUGGCCAGUCACUGAUUUACCACUUGUCCCCGCUUGGACCACUUUCGGUAGGUACUAACCACUACAUACCGGAAACGCCUGCCGUUUGGAAGGUGCUCUGACCUAGUCAUCUCGCUAUCACACAUUUGGCUCCUGCACACAAUAGUAUUCAUUUUGCGGCCCACAAAUUGCAGAUCUGCAAAUUACGGAUGUGGUCUGUGUUCAUCACACAAUUUUCGGACGACCCGCUGUAACAAAAUUAAAUUUAAAAAAAAGCCUAUUCCUGUUCUCAAAACGGACAAGAAUAGGCCAGAUUCUAUAAUUUGCUUCAUGGAUGCGGACAACACUCGGAUCACAUCUGUGUGCAGUCCGUUUUUAUUUGUGGACCCAUGGAACUGAAGUGGUUUGUGUGCGAUCCACCCAAAAAUGCGGAUUGGACACGGACCAGGACCAAAAAUACAAUUGUGUGCACGAGGCCUUAAGGAGGACUGGGGCAGAUUUACAAAUCCUGUCUAAUAUUUAGACAAUGUGUACCUGAUGUAUGUCACCGACUGAACUAGAAAUGCGGAAAUCUGCAGCCGGUAUAGAAUCGGACAGUAUGCAUCCAUCAUACGACACCUGCCUUUACAAGGUGUAAAUAUAUGCACCGCCAUCUACUUGCUCUUUUCCUCUGUAAGUCCGUACUUUCACAUUUUGCCACCACUUGUCGUUCAUUUAUACAGAAUCAGUAAAACAAACCUAAUGACCAAAA